GUUAUAUCGAAAUUGACAUAUUUUGUGGGUGGUAAUUUACAAAUUUUCCUUUCAUAAAUGCGACCGGUAACUGACAAUUUUAUUGACUUAUUUACGAUUAUGUUACUUGAUAAACCAAAUACCAAGUGAACUCCCUCGUUUUUCUCUCCAUUCUCUCUGCCCUCACACAGCCACGGCCACCAUCACCUCUCUUACUCAACCGCAGCUCCCAACUCGGCAACUAUGCCGACCACCGAACAGCCACCGUCAUUUCACGCUGUUAUUCUUCACUCAGUUUCUUUUGCUCUACGCACAGCCAUCUCGCUGCUUCUGAAACUUUUGUUUCUUUACAACUUUCGUAUAUAGUAGAAUAGCUUGUCACAAAUUUGUCACUAUUAUCGUUGUUCUCUUCUUGCAUUCUUAUUCAUACAUUUUAGUACCAAAAUCACAAACACCCUCGCAAAACUGUUUAUUUCCCGUCAUGCUCACAAGGUGUUCGAUGAAAUGCCGCAAUCAGUUUUAAUGGGUGAAUGUCAUUGAGGAAAGGAUCAUCAGAUACCCUUGCUUAUAUGAUCAUUUGGGGAAGUUCUCUUUUUUCUUGUUUCCAUGAAGCUUACUUGUUUAAGCAAGGGACAGGGUUAUUAUUUCCCGCCAUGUCACAUAAUUGAAAUUAGUGGAUUCCGCAUUUUGGUAGAUUGCCCAUUGGAUCUUUCAGCUCUGUUGAUAUUUGCUCCUGUACCUGUUUAUUCUGAAAGACAGCUUGAAUACGCUUUUGAUUGCUCGUGCCAUGCGUCUGUGGACGCUGAUGGUGCAGCUCAUAAGAGGCAAAAAGUUGAAAAUUUCUUUGAUGCUAGUAGUCUGAUUUAUGGGGUCCCUUGGUACAAAACUGUUAGUACUUUGCACCUGUGGGAUGUUUCUUUUAUUGAUGCUGUCUUAAUCUCAAGUCCUAUGGGAAUGCUUGGAUUGCCAUUCUUGACACGCAAUAAGAAUUUCGUAGCUAAGAUUUAUGCUACUGAAGCAACGACAAGAAUUGGGCAGCUUAUGAUGGAGGAUCUUCUUUCUAUGCAUAGAGAGUUCAGGCAAUUUUAUGGACCUGAGGACUCUGGAUGUGCCACGUGGAUGAAGUGGGAGGAGCUUGCCAAGUUUCCGCCUUCUAUACAAGAGAUAAUCUUGGGCAAAGAAGGGACAGAGCUCGGUGGCUGGUUACCAUUGUACAGUGCAGCUGACGUGAAGAAUUGCAUUCAGAAGGUGCAAUCACUUAAAUUUGCUGAAGAAACUUGCUAUAGUGGUUUGCUAAUUAUUAAGGCAUUCAGCUCUGGUCUCGAUAUUGGCACAUCAAAUUGGGAGAUUAAAAGUCCAAAAAAGGAUGUUGUUUUAAUAACUAGUUCUAUCCUUGACUCUGCUCCAGCCUUGAGUUUUGAUUACCAUGCUCUACAAGGUUGUGAUCUAGUACUGUUUUCAGAUUUCUCUUCUCUCGAUGAUAUGGAAGAUGUUGAUGCAGAGACUGAUCACUCAUCUCCAAUCAAUGAAAAUGCAGAGGUUGCCUCUAUCCAGUCCUUAAGCGACCCUGAUGGAAGUUCAGAGGAGGAGCAGAAGCUAGAAUUUAUAUGCUCUUAUGCUAUUGAUUCUCUUAAAGCGGGAGGCUCAGUCUUGAUUCCUAUUGGUCGCAUUGGUGUAGUGUUGCAACUAUUGGAGCAGAUUUCAGUUUCUGUGGAAUUAUUAAAUUUGAAGGUCCCCAUAUUUUUCAUUUCUUCUGUUGCAGAAGAACUUUUAUCCUACACCACCAUAAUUCCAGAGUGGCUGUGUGUUCAGCGACAAAAUAAGUUGUUUGCUGGUGAGCCCUUGUUUGCUCAUGUUGAUCUUAUAAAGCAGAAAAGGCUUCAUCUGCUAUCUUCAAUCUGCACAACUGAUUUAUUGAAAAUUUGGCAGGAACCAUGCAUAGUAUUUGCUCCUCAAUGGAGCCUGCGGCUGGGGCCCGUUGUUCAUUUUCUUCAGCGUUGGCAUGAGAAUGAAAAUUCAUUGCUUGUUUUGGAGAAAGCAUUAGAUGCUGAUCUAGCUCUCCUACCUUUCAAACCUUUGGCCAUGAAGGUCCUUCAAUGUUCAUUCCUCUCUGGCAUUAGAUCAAGUAAAGUUGCACCUUUGAUAGAGAAAUUGCAACCGAAGUAUGUGUUGUUACCCGAAAACUUGAAGGCUCUUGUAAAUGCAAAGUCAAUCUCAGUGGUAUACUACACUGAAAAUAUUAUGCUACGCGUCCCCAGCUUAAAGAGAAGAGCAGAACUUGAGAUUCCAACAGAUUUAGUCUCCCAAUAUCACUGGAUAAGUUUGAAGGAGGAAGAUAUUAACGUUACGAGACUAAAAGGGGAGCUGAGUGUAGAACAUGGGAAGUAUCGGUUACUUACAAUGAAGGAAUCCAAGGGGACCUGCAUUGAUUUGGGAAGGCUUUCAACUGCAUUACAAGAUAUGGGUUUUAAAAUAACAGUAGGACAAGAUGCAAUUGACGGAUCAGGUAAAUCUUUUGAUAUACAUGUGCAUGAGCCUAGUAAUGCUUUACUAAAAGUCCGACCAACAAUCACAACGAUCAGCACAUCUGACAAGUAUUUAGCCUCCAGCAUUUACAAAGCUGUGGAUAGUAUACUGUAUGACAUGUAAUGAAAAAGUUCGAUAGUUCAUUAUAAGGUACACUUCUGUCUUGAUUUGAGAAACAUGAAGUGAAUAGCCUUUGAGCAAAGUUUUGUUGCAUAUAAUUUUACAGAAUUUUCAUUGAAUUCUUGAGGAUUUGUUGAAGAGCUCAUCUUAUGGAAUUUGUCGUUAACCGUGAAA